CAGAGAGGACGAUGGUUUACAUUACAGAGGACAUGGUCCGCCGACGGGCCGAGCACAACGAGUGUGAGAUCUUCUCCCUGGAGGAAGUGUCUCUGCAUCAGCAGGACAUCGAGAAGAUCGAACACAUCGACAGGUGGUGCAGGGACCUGAGGAUCCUCUACCUGCAGAACAACCUCAUCCCCAGGAUAGAGAAUGUUGGACGCCUGAAGAAGCUGGAGUAUUUGAAUCUGGCCUUGAACAACAUUGAAGUCAUUGAAAACCUUGAAGGCUGCGAGAGCCUCCAGAAACUGGAUCUGACUGUGAACUUUGUGGGUCGUCUGAGCAGCGUGGAGUCUCUGAAACACAACAUCCACCUCAGAGAGCUGUUUCUGGUGGGGAACCCCUGCACUGAGUUCGAGGGCUACAGGCAGUAUGUGGUGGCGUCUCUGCCUCAACUCAAGUGGCUGGACGGGACGGAGAUCAGCCGGUCGGAGAGGAUUCAAGCCUCUCAGGGACUGGAGGAGGUGAAGAGACGAGUCUGGGAGCAGGAGAAGGAGUACCUGAAGAGGAGAGCCAGGGAGAAAGAGGAGGCGCUGAGGAAGGACGCAGGAGAGGAGAAAGGAGACAAGGAGAGGAAACCAGGCUUUGACGGUCGCUGGUACACAGACAUCAACACAGUUCCAGUGUUGGAGGAGAAUAAGGAGAACCAGGAGGUGGAGGAGAACACGAUGAGCCCUGUCUCAGAUGAAGAGCGGCGGGAGAGGGAGUUCUGGCACACGCCGUGUUCUUUCACCCCUGAAUCUCGUCUGGAGGCUCACCGCCACCUGGAGGAGACGAGGAAGGCAAAGGAGAAGGAGAAAGAGAAGAAGCCGAAGGCCCCGAGGACGCUGAUCACUGCUGAUGGACGAGUCAUGAACGUCAACGAGCCAAAGCUCGACUUCUCUCUAACUGAGGAUGAAGAAAAUAACACCAUUGUCUUAAACUUGGAAGUGUACAGACACAUGGACACCUCUCUGAUCGAUGUAGAUGUUCAGCCAACAUACGCCAGAGUCUCCGUCAAAGGAAAGAUAUUUCAGAUGGUUCUGCCUGCUGAAGUGAAGCCCGACAGCUCGACAGCUCAGAGGUCCCAAACCACGGGACACCUGGUCCUCACUAUGCCCAGGGCUGAAGGUGAAAUCAAAGUGACAAAGACAGUCCCACGUUGGCCCAGAGCGAGUCAGAGCAGAUGCAGCAGCUCGCCUGAGGGCAAUAAGAGGAGAAACAGUGUUCCUGAGAGGCUGGAGGUGGACCCCAGCAAGCACUCAGCCAUCGACCUGGCCAACAUUGUACCACGCCGGGACGUCAAAGAAGGUCCUCUUGAAACAUCCCGGCUGGCUCCACCUGCAAAAACCUUCUCUGACGGGUUUGUGGACGACCCUGAUGUCCCCCCACUGGUGUAAGACUUUAGGAAAUAACACUGACCACUAAGGAUGCAUUGGUCCUGAGGCCCUUCAAGUAAAAGAUGCAGAUGACUGUCGACUUGAAAUGGUUGUAUUAAGCAACGAAUCUGCCUCCUCAGACCUUUAUAGGGGUAAAAACACUGAGUCAGACCCUCUGCCCCCAAAAUCUGUCAAAAUUAAGUGACACAUCAACUAAAUCUCUAAUGGAGGUAACACUGUGAAACUACUGAGUUGUAGAGAAAAUACCAGCUAUUUCAGCAGUGUUACAAAUCAGCAAGGCUUUCACUGACCCUUUAGAUAACUUUGUGUUUCCUGUCUCAGCUCACUGAAAGAGUCAAGCUUCCGCUAAAUUCCCACCCUGACACCUCUUAAACCUGAUAUAUGUCACAUGUAUAGUGAUUUAUUGUUUGGAAAAAUAUCCUAAAAUGCAACCAGAGCUUUUGAAUACCAGACAAUAAAUGAGGAUUUUGUAUUAAAUUCAAAAUAAAAUGUGAAAGAUUUCUAUUAAUUGUCGUUCUGAUGAACAACUUGGACAAAAACUUGUGGACAGUUUUAAACAGUGGGUCAACAGUCACAUUUUGGUCGACACUAAAAUAG